CAAUCAUCAUAUCAUAUCUGUAUUCCUGAUGAAGAAAAUGAUCAACAGGAUUCUCCUCCUCAUAGUUAGCCUGAUUGUGAUACUACUUUUCAUGGGUGCUCCUCAACCUGCAUUGGCUAGCCGACCACUAUUAUUCCAACGUGAUUUGAUGUCCCCCGACGAGGAAGAACGUGGGAUGGCUGUCCGCAGCAAAUCGGCAAGAGGAAAGCAUGGAUGAGAUGAAAUUCUGGAGGAGAUUUAUGGUGCAUUGGAAGUGGAAAUGCGGUGUCUACCUGUUUUUGUUUUUUUGUUUUUAUUGACAGUACAAAAUGUAUUUAAUUUGUUCCCUUUUAUCACCACAAUUGCAACUAGCAUGAUCAUUAAGAUUCUUGUAAUUUGCACCAUAUGAGUG